AUGUACGGUUUCAGUCAAAAAUGCCCCUUGGGUUUUGUCAUCGAGAACUUUAACCAAAUUUCAUGCUAUAUCUGCAAUAUAUGGUGCAAAUUUUGUUGUGUCGACACAAAAAGACUGUAUCAUGUUCACAUGAGCUACUGCAGAAAGCUAAAAAAAAACUUAAACAUGUGCGAUAUUAACACAACUCUCCUCAACUCAAUUCAAAAGAUUGAGGUUGAUCUUGCUGAAAUCAAGCAAGCAUUGCGCGAGUUUCAAAGGCAAUUCAGCAAUCAAUUUGCGCCAGCAGUCAGUGCGGAAUAUCUAACUACAAUGCAACUGUUGUGA